GUCAUCGCGAUUGCAGAUCCGAUCAUACUCCGUGAGCAAAGCGUACCCAAAUCGCGAUCUUGCUCCUGCCCCCAAUACCCUAACACCAUUCAAUCCAAGAUGGUUUGCAGAGUUGCAAGCGAGGCAAAGCGGCUAAGUGAUGGACAGAGUUCUGCAGAGUGUGUACAGAGAGCAGAACAACUGUCUCAGUAUUUGGAAACAAAUUGGCUGGAGCUUCUGGCAGGUCGGGAAGGGUUCCUCACUGAAAAGCAAUGGAGAGCACUAGACAGCCAUGAAGUGCUCUGGGGGGCCAUGGUAAGCAGUAACCCAAAUCCCAUCGUUAACGUGCAUAAAUGGAACACUUUUGACUGGGGCUCCUGGGUACGAACUUCCAUCGAAUCACAAGAGCCCCGAAUUGACCUAACUUCUUCUACACAGCCAAUGAAAUUUCCCGAUCGGAUAUCUGUGCUGUAUAAAUUAGUCGAGCGGCCUACCUACGAAUCAACAUGCUUGAGGAUGGAGGCUUGGGUCUUGUCGCAUCAACAUCGCCGGGUAGCCGCAAAAUGCUUUGACGACACUGUCAUCUAUGACUACACGUCUGGGAAAAGAUCGGUGCUAAAGCCAUUCAUGGUUGAUAAACUCCAGCAUACGUUUGAACUACAGAAGAUGUGCAAAACGAAGUACACGGAGGAAGCAAGCAAAGCCAUUACGGCUGUUGAGGAGAUUAAGACAGUAUUUCAAUAA